UUUCCUGUCAACUGCUUCACUUCGAUGUUUAUAGGCCUGAAGCAUUUUCUUUUAUGGUCCAUGCAAAUCUGAAAAGGUCAAAGGGUUGAACAAACCAGACCUGCCGAGAAUUUCCUUUGGCACAACUGAAAGAUAAAUUUUCUGUCUACAAAUUUUAAGUCUUCUUUGGCAGCAGCCAAUUAGCUUUUGCCAUAUGGCUAAAUAUCUCCCAUAGAAAGUAUUCUUGUUCAUGCUAAAAUAAUGGGAAAUAAAGGCGGAUAAUGUUUGAUUUAGACGAAAAAAAAAAAAGGUAAAGAUGGUGAAGCAGGGUAGGAGAAAGCUUUACAGGAGGAGAGGAGAAAAAUUUUCUCCUCUCUUCUUUCGUCUCUCUUCCUUUCUUCCCGUAUUGUUGCUGGGAAUUUUAACUCUCUUUUGGGAUUUUUGCUCACUAAAGAUCUUCGAAAUUAAGCGCAGACAUUGUUUAUGUCUUCCAUGAUUCUCAGCAUUAAUUUUCAUAUUUACCCUCAAACAAUCUAGACUCUGGAUAUCGUUUCACUUUUUUCAUAACAAAUAUUGAUGAAUUUUACCAGGUUUAUUUAUUCGCCCUUGUGAAAGGUCGAAUAAAAGUCGAGCCUGUUAAAAGCAGAAGCUACCAUUCGAGUUAACUGGGGUACUUAAUUAAUAACCUAAACCCAUGGCUCCAAGCAAGAUCAAAAGAGCACUUGGGCAUGUCAAGGACCAGACCAGCAUAAGCCUGGCCAAAGUUGGCGGCAGCACCUCACUGUCCGACCUAGAUGUUGCCAUUGUUAAGGCAACAAGACACGAAGAAUACCCACCCGAGGAGAGACACAUUCGAGAAAUACUCAGUUUAACCUCGUAUUCACGUGCCUACAUCAGUGCCUGCGUCGACACCCUCUCAAGACGCCUCAACAAGACCAAAAACUGGACAGUGGCGCUGAAAACUCUUAUGUUGAUACACCGCCUUCUGUCCGAAGGUGAUCCAGCGUACGAACAAGAGAUCUUCUUUUCAACAAGGCGUGGGACUCGCAUUCUCAACAUGUCAGAUUUUCGUGAUACUUCACGAUCCAAUUCCUGGGAUUUUUCUGCAUUUGUGCGUACUUAUGCACUGUACCUUGAUGAAAGACUGGAAUACAAGAUGCAAGAUAGGCGUGGGAAAUGGAGCACGUAUGGAUAUAAUGAAGAAGAGGAAGAUAACGAUAAGGCAAUUGUUAUCAGAUCCACAGCAGUCCGUGAGAUGAAGACUGACCAUAUAUUUUCAAGAUUGCAGCAUUUGCAGCAGCUCCUCGAGCGCUUCUUAGCCUGUCGACCAACAGGUUCAGCAAGGUGCAACAGGGUCGUCACUGUGGCUCUUUACCCAGUAGUGAAAGAAAGUUUCCAGAUAUAUUACGAUAUAACAGAAAUAUUGGGCAUUUUAAUUGACCGUUUUAUGGAGCUUGAUAUUUCUGACUCCAUAAAAAUCUAUGAUAUAUUCUGCCGUGAAGCAAAGCAGUUUGAUGAACUUGAUGAUUUCUAUUCCUGGUGCAGGAGUGUCGGCAUUGCACGAUCUUCUGAGUAUCCCGAAAUUGAGAAAAUUACACAGAAUAAACUCAACCUUAUCGAUGAAUUUAUCCGUGAAAAGUCUGCAUUGGAGCAAGGCGCGGGAAUCCAGGAUGAACCAAAGGAUGAAUCAGACCAGGAAUUUAAAGAACCAGAAGCAAGUGAAGAAGACAUGAAUGCCAUUAAGGCCUUACCAAGCUCAGAAGAUUUCUUUGAAGCCCCUGUUGAGGAAGAACCAGAGAAAGAAAAGGAAGAAGAUAAUUCCAAGUCUAUAGUUGUGCAACAAGAGGGUGAUUUAUUGAACCUAGGAGAGGACGCAAUGUCAAGUCAAGACCACGCAGACAAAUUGGCAUUGGCUUUGUUUGAUGGUGGUGCACCAGCCGGUCCUCCACCAGGUCUAGGAUGGGAAGCUUUCAAGGAUGAAGCUGAUUGGGAAUCAGCCUUGGUUCAAUCAGCAAGCAACCUCACCAAACAGAGAGCAACACUUGGAGGUGGGUUCGACAUAUUAUUACUUGAUGGCAUGUACCAAUAUGGCCAAACAAAGGCGGCCAUGGCUUCAUCAGGUUAUGCAGCAACCGGAAGUGCUAGUAGCGUUACAUUUGGAUCAGCCGGAAGACCAGCAGCGCUAGCCUUACCGGCACCCCCAUCAUCCGACGGUAAAAGCACAGGAACAAACGGUGGUGAUCCAUUCGCGGCGUCGCUUGUGGUGGCGCCACCGUCAUACGUGCAAAUGUCAGACAUGGAGAAGAAGCACAAGUUUUUGGUAGAGGAGCAGGCAAUGUGGAAGCAAUACGAAAGGGAUGGAAUGCAAGGGCAUGUUGGAAUGUUGAAAGUACAAACAUAUCCUUACACACAUCCGCAUGGCUACUGAAGCUUUCAU